UUUAUCUGGUAGUUACCAAAGAAAAAUUUUUUUAGCUUAGCUAAGCACUAUUGGCAUCCAUCCAAUAUAAAAAUUUUAAAAUUUUUAUUUUAUAUUCUUUCAUGCAAAGGUAUUUACCAGGGAUAUUAUUCACUCAGAGUAAUUCUGGAAUAGCUCGGCAAACCCGACAAUUAAAAAAGCAAUCAAAUCUCACAAACAUUUUUCAUCUCGUUUCUCUCGACUGACUUGAUCAAGGGGAGAAUAAAUUAUUUUCCAUUUUAUCUCAAAAACAAGCACACAAAUUUGUCGAAUUGAAAUGUUUAAUAUUCAAAAUUGACGGGAGAAUCGCGUAUAGAUGAAAAUGUUGACGGAAAAUUUCCCUACCUUUCCCCCACUUACAACCAUCAAAAACGGAAUUCCUAAAUUGGCUUCACCAAUUGGUGCCACCUCCUAUUCUAUCGCCAAUUCUACGAUUACUACCAACGAUCGACCAAAGAUGAAAAUUAGACGCAUGGGAACUUACUGCAAAUAUAAGAAAAUGCGAGAAAAGUUAUUCGUACUUUGGGAACAUUGCGAAUCUCCUUAUGAACUCUCCCGUCUGGAAUACUUCGACAUACCUUCCCUUAAACGGCGCAAAUGGAUUUCAAGCCACUCUACCACUUUGCUUAAAAAAUUGCACAUUUCUCCUUCCGAACCCAAGAAUCAGGAUCUCGUCACCGCUAACCAUAAUAAUCGCAUAUCGGAACUGAGCAACACCAACGUCUCCGCCGAAGUUCUUUACGCGUCCCUUGUAACGAGACACAAACUCAAACCUAAUAGGUCCAUCAAUCUCAAGGAUUGCUUCAAUGUUGGGCCAGAUAUUACUAAUACGCUUAAAAUCGAGGAUAAAAUCAACAAUUCAAGUGUUAAAAAGGUACUCAGCGAUAAAAGCGGGUGGAUGAACGGAUCAGGUUUGAUGAUUAAUGCUUUUCACAGGCCUUCAUGUGAUGAAACAACACUCAAUUUGAGCAUCGAAUCUGCGAACACAACUACCCUACCCGUUACUAUUUCCUCGACGGAACAUAAUUCCACGUCAGCAAAAAUUUCACCCCCUGUCAUCAAAUCAGAUAUGCCAGCCCAUGUUAUCGAUAUAUCAUCUCAUUCUACCCUCCUAACCACCUUUAUUUCCAGUCAAACAAAAUAUCCCAACCAAUUAAAGGAACAUUUACUUCCCGCAAAAAUGGGAUCACCUUGUAUAUCAACCAUCGUUAAGGAUCCCAUCAUUAAACCCGACGAUAAAAUGAGCAUAACCUAUUCCUCUUUCGUGGAUAGCUUUAACUCCGCGGUUAACUUCUCUAAUACAUUAUCAGACUCCAGUUUAUGCGAAAUUUCAACUAUCAAAACUGGCUCACCUUCUGUUAACUCAACUCGUAACCUAUCUUUUACUCCAAAUAUUAAUAUGACCCAACAUGCACAAAAUUUGUCACCUCAAUUGGGUAGCGCAUCUUCUCUUCUUCCAUACUGCAUAAGCAUCUACGGUCAGGAUCCUUACGAUUGCCUAACCUUUCAACUGGGGUGUCAGAAAGAAAUGGAUGAUUGGCUGCAAGAUUUCUAUAUUCUUCAUCAGCUGGCCCGUCAAAAAUCCCUCGCUUUUCCGCUUAGACCAGCUUACGAGUCGGUGUGGCGCGUUAGCCUCAAAGCGAGGGGCAUAGUCAAUUUCCGGCUAUCAGGCGAUUAUUUUUUGGGCCUGAGUAGCGGUGAGGAGCUGUUCUCCCUUUUCAAGUACAAUCAAUAUUACGAUACCGACGACGAAGAAAACGACUCUAUAAAGGAGUUCAAGGAAAGGUAUUAUAGCGGUGAUUUAGACAAGGACCCCUCUAACAAGCUCAACGUUAACGCGUUUCAAAGGCGACGAGAUGUUCAGAUAGCAUAUAUAGAGCUUUGUAGUAUAAAGAGAUGCGGAUAUUCUAACUCGUAUUUUUACGUGGAACUAGGAAGAACGUCAUCUUUAGGCACGGGGGAAUUAUGGAUGAGAACGGAAAAUGAAUCCCAAGCUCUUUCUAUUCACACGCUACUUUUACAACGCAUGUCAUUUAAGAAAAGUUAUGAGACGCCAGUAAAUCGGCCUUCCAUAAAACCCGUCAGCAAUGGGGACUUAUCAUCUGGAAGUGGAACGCUUACUUAUCUUCCUAUCAUUACGCCUUCCAUGAAGGCAGAACUCCGUGCAAAUGUCAUGAGCCAUAAUAUUAAUCCCUUAUCUCCCAUAUUAUUGGAAGAGCAAGAAAAAAUUAAAAAUGGCUCUAGUUACGAGCAUUUAGACACUUCAAUGAUUCACCCCAAUUCGCCAAUCCCGUUUUCCAAUCAUUCGAAUAGCAAUAGCGACAGAUCUAGACUCGGAUCGAAUGCCUCCGUCUUUAGUGAUGCUGUCCGCGAACGCUCCAACCUUGAAGGUCAUCUCCCUGUACAAGACUUAACUCAUCGCCUUGAAUUGCUAAAAACUUAUUGCAGUCAUGGGCUUGGAAGAAAGGAAUAUCAAAAAGCCUUGUUUUCGUCUCAGGACAGUGGCUACAUGGACAUGUUAUGCCAACAAAAUAAUACCACAAUAUCGCCCACUAGUGACUUACCCAAUCCUACAUCUCAAUACACAGAGAUGUCUCACACUCUUCAUACAAAUAACGCCAUGAUAUCCACAAACAAUUUAAACGACUCAAAUCCGCUUUCUCAAAACCUCCACGACAUCUCACCAUUUGGCAAUUGGAAAACGUCACUGGACGAGUUGACCCGAAAAAUUGAAAAAGUUCCGGGGACUUAUUUUGACAACUUCGAUUCAUCCUCUCCUCGCGCCGCUUCUUUUUCCGUUAAUCAUCCGCUUGAUAAAACGCCGUCACCUCUGAAUGAAGCAUCGUCAUCACACCUCGAUGUGGCUAAAACUCGUCAAGAAUUUGGUAUAUCCUUUGAAAAAAUACGCGACUUAAAAAGGAAAAUAGGUGAUAGGACUACCCUCAAUGACCUGACGUCUGUCAAAAAUCGAAAUACAAUAUCCAGAAUUUCCGGGAACCUUUUUCCGGCACAAUCGGCUCCUUCUCCUCCUCCACUUCCAGCUUUUUUCUUUUCCACUUCCGUUUCUUCGUCCCUUACCUCAGAUAAUAAUUCUUCUCAGGGGGAGCAAGUCAAUCACUCAUCCCGAGAUGCCAAUCACGUCGGUGAUCUUAAAAUUUUUACUGAUGUAUUGGACGAUAGAGUGCGGGCCUAUUCAGUCGGUAGCAAGCCACACCCACCUUUCAACUUUUUGAAGAGAAAUAAGAAAAAUAAAAAGAAAAUUAAAGACGGCACCUUGUUUAAACAGUACGAUUCAUCUUCCCCCAUAACCUCCUCUUCGACCACUCACAGAUGCCCAAUCAUAGAGAGCUUAGUCAUGCAUAAUCUCGAUUCUCCUAAAACUCCCAUUAAUAAAGGCAUGGUGGCCACUUCUUUUUCCUGAAGAAAUUUUUAAAUAGCCUACGUUUAACUUCGAAAUGACAUUUUUUUCUCAACAUAUAUGUUUAUUUUUUAACAUUUUUAAAAGAAAAAUAUAUUUCGAACUUUUUACGUUUAAUUUUUUUAAAAAAAAUAUCGAAAAUUCUGACAAAGAUCUCUACAAAAUCUCAGAUCAUAAAAAAAAAUACAAAAAGAAACAAGGAAUUUUUUUUUAUUACAAACUUAUUGAUUACCAAUCAUAGAGAUAAUAAUAUAUAAAAUUUUACAGA